CCGCCAUCGUCUCCAUCCUCUCGACCCCUCCGGGUCGCCUCCCGACUGGCACCUGCUCCUCGUUUCUCCCUCUUCUGUCUUUACUUCAAUGUCGUCUGCGUUGGCCCAGUAUGAAUCCUUUCUCGUCGCCCAUGUCUCUACCAUAUCCAGUCUCGAGUCCUCCCUGAGGUCAAUUACGUGGAUUCUCCCGGGAAGGUUCAAGGAUGCUGAACUCGCGUCGGAAGCUCUCUCCGCACUUCUCAAUGUCAUGAGCAUGUACCAUGAUACGCUCCUGGCCAAAGUCGCGCAGACAGAUCCCAAGUACAAGCCUUUGAUCCCCACCUCUCCCCAUACGCGAUAUACUCGGGCAUGGUGUGACAAGGAUUCGAGGUACAAAUGGGCUGCCCGUGCGCUCGAGCUGCUUCGCUUUACCGAGCUGCUUGUGGAGAUGGGCCUGCGCCGCAAGGUUUCGCGAAGCACCCGCUGGCGAGGGAUCGUCGUUCUCGAGGCCAUAAAAGCGCUACUGCGGCUUGUACUGCUCCGUAUCACACGACGCCCACUGCUGCUGCCCUCGCUCCCCGAGCGCGAAUUUGAUCCUGAGAACAUCCCGUCGGGAUCGGACACGUCCUCGCCCACACUGGCGCCCUCGUCGCCGCCCUCGUCGGUGCUUUCGACCCCAGAGCACCUCAAGAACAACCAUAUCCCCCUCCCUGUCCACCCGCUGCUCACCCCGCCCCCGCCCACCCAAUCUCCUAUCCCCGUAGAGGAGUUCCUCCUCCCCAAGGCUCUGACGACUGCGUCUGUGAAAGCUCCGACUUCGCUUGUGAAGCCGCUCGCGAGCCCCAAGGAAUGGCUGUCAGAGAUCAUCUAUCACGUCCGACCGCUGGUGUAUGCUAUCAUGCUAUCGUCUGGGCGGAAGGACACGAAGCCGCUCAUGACGGCGCUGGCCAUGGAGCUUCUCGCGCUCAAUCUCCGACGCGUACCCACCCAGUCUGCUGCUCUGGAACGCUCGGAGUACGCACGCAGGGACCGCGAUAUCAUAUGGUACCUCUUGAGAGGAUCUCUCUGGGAGGGCUGGACCAAGCCGAAGUUGGAGAGCAUCGCGGAGAAGACCGCGCGCGCCCCAUUGGUCGGCGUCUUUGGGGCUUUGGUGAAGGACUGGAUACCGCUGAUCGACGAGUAUUAUUAUUACACUGCUCCGUAGUUCUAGGGUUUCGCGCGUUCGGAUAUGCUCAUCUUGUCUCGUACAGAUAUAUACGUGUACUACUUCCUCGAUCUUGCCUGUCAUAUUCUGGGGAGAUGCGCUUUCUCGCACACAGGAGUGAGCUUGGUCCCGGCUAGACUUGCACAGAAGUCUAUCUCACCGCACGCCAGGCGAGUUAUGUCUUGUGUGGGGACAUAAUUCCAAC